CUUACAUAUAACAGCAAGAGCAACUGCAGAGCAAGUAACAACCAGGAGAGGAGAGAGAGACUGAAGACAUGUCAACAGCAACCAGAAGACUCAAAUGGCAUCCAUCACCGCCAACUCCCAGCCCUAGAAUCCUCAACCUCCCCCACCGCCACCGCCGCAGGCCCCCCAAGCCUCCCGCCGCCGACUUCCUCCUCCGCCGCAGCUGUCGCAGGGCCAAGCUCGAGACGCUUUUCCAUCAGGAGCGAGCCUUCUCCAAGACUGUUCCCAUUGUGGUGUUUGAUUCUGGAUGUGAGAGGAGAGAGAGAGUUGAGGAGGGGGAAGAAGAGGAGGAGGUUGUUGCGGUGGCGGAGGCGGAGGAGGAGAGGUGGAGAGUGGAAGCGGAGAUACUGAGGGCGGAGUGCAAUUUUCUGAGGAUGGAGAGGGAGGUUGCGGUGAAGAAGUUGGAGAAGAGUAGGGUUCACAUGGAGAGCGCUCUGCGGUCCGCUGUUCAGACUAUCAUUUCUGGGAAAAAGAAGAUUUGUGAAGGAAAGAGUGUGAGCACAGUAUUGGAGGAAGAAAUUGAGGAUUUGGCGGAGAAAUUAGAGAAGUUGCAGAGGAGCUCAGAUGCAAAGGAUUUUGAGGUUAAGAAAUGUAGUAAUUUUGAUAAACAGACAUCUCUUCUGCAGAGACGGCUAGAGAAGCUUGGUGGUAUAUCAGAUAAGUGUGUAAAGGAGAUUCAAGAGAUUGCUGAAGCAAGCUUGUCAAUUAACACUAGUUGCAGUGUUGGCAAGAGUUCAGUUUCAAAUCGCAGAUGCAAUAAAUUCAUGGAUGUGGAGAUUCUGAGAAGGAAAAUGGAGGGAUUGUCAAGGGGGGUCUUGUUAGAGAGAAUGAAGGAGGAGUAUGGGUCAAUGCUCUCUACAGAAAAUUGUUCUAUUGCCAGUUCUGCUUCCACAUCUAGGCGAAUCGAAGCACCUGAUUCUUCUUCUUCCCCAGUACCGAAACCACAUCAGGAGACUGUGUCUCAUGAAGAGCAUGGGUGCUCAGGACGUUGCAAGGUUAUAGUUCGGAGGAUUAUGGAGCAAGUUAGAACAGAGACAGAGCAGUGGUCUCAAAUGCAAGAAAUGCUGGAGCAGGUGAGGGAGGAGAUGGAAGAACUGAAUGCUUCUCGGGACUUUUGGGAAGAUCGAGCUCUUGAUUCUGAAUGUCUAAUCCAAUACCUGCAUUCUGAUGUGGAAGAAUGGAAGCAGAAAGCACUCUCUUCUAAUGACAAGGCAAACGAGCUACAAGCACAAGUAUUCAUACUCAGCGAGGAGAUCAACAACUUAAGGAAGGAGCAAAACAAAGAAGCAACAAGGACCACCGCACAAAAUGAGACGGAUAAACGGUUGUUAGUCUGUCAUAUGAAGGAAAAUCACCAGGCUAACAGCAACAGCACCAUGCAGAAGGAGCAGGUGUUGAGUGAAGGCAGGAGAAAAACAUACACACCCAGUGCUGCUCUUCUGCCUCCAAGACGGUCACCGUUUCGGGAAAUUGGUAAUUUGGCUCCAAUGCUAAGGCAGAAUAGUAAGGCGAUUUUCCCUUUGCAUUGCCCUGAGCCUUCCAAGACAAGGUAAACCUUCAGAGGAAGAGGCAGAGUGAGAUUCUCAUACCCUGAAUUCAGUGAGGAAACCAAAUGCUGUAUAUAUUUUCUUUUCCAACUGUAUCAACUGUGUGAGACAGUGAGACUUCUUAGAGGGACAAUUUUCCUUUGAUCUAAUUUCUAGCUUGCCCUUCAAUGGGAGUCGAUGUCAUAGGUUUUUGCCCUUCCAAAACAGGGCAAGCUAAAUCCAAAACUAUUCUAACUCUUGAGAAAGUUUGAAACAUUAUUCUACA